CGGCGCCCCGAGCCCGGGCCCCGCGCGGCCCGCGCCCCCGGCCCCCGCUGAGCCCCGGGGGCCCCGCCGUGGCCGAGGCCAUGUUCCCCGUGUUCCCUUGCACGCUGCUGGCCCCCCCCUUCCCCGUGCUGGGCCUGGACUCCCGGGGGGUGGGCGGCCUCAUGAACUCCUUCCCGCCACCUCAGGGUCACGCCCAGAACCCCCUGCAGGUCGGGGCUGAGCUCCAGUCCCGCUUCUUUGCCUCCCAGGGCUGCGCCCAGAGUCCAUUCCAGGCCGCGCCGGCGCCCCCACCCACGCCCCAGGCCCCGGCGGCCGAGCCCCUCCAGGUGGACUUGCUCCCGGUUCUCGCCGCCGCCCAGGAGUCCGCCGCCGCCGCAGCCGCGGCCGCCGCCGCUGCCGCCGCCGCCGCCGUUGCUGCUGCGCCCCCGGCCCCGGCCGCCGCCUCCACUGUGGACACAGCGGCUUUGAAGCAGCCCCCGGCGCCCCCUCCUCCGCCCCCGCCGGUGUCGGCGCCCGCCGCUGAGGCCGCGCCCCCUGUCUCUGCCGCCACCAUCGCCGCAGCCGCGGCCACCGCCGUCGUUGCCCCAACCUCGACGGUCGCCGUGGCCCCGGUCGCAUCUGCCUUGGAGAAGAAGACAAAGAGCAAGGGGCCCUACAUCUGUGCCCUGUGCGCCAAGGAGUUCAAGAACGGCUACAAUCUCCGGAGGCACGAGGCCAUCCACACGGGAGCCAAAGCCGGCCGGGUCCCUUCGGGUGCUAUGAAGAUGCCCACCAUGGUGCCCCUGAGUCUCCUGAGCGUGCCCCAGCUGAGCGGAGCCGGCGGGGGAGGGGGAGAAGCGGGUGCCGGCGGCGGAGCGGCCGCAGUGGCCGCCGGUGGCGUGGUGACCACGACCGCCUCGGGAAAGCGCAUCCGGAAGAACCACGCCUGCGAGAUGUGCGGCAAGGCUUUCCGCGACGUCUACCACCUGAACCGACACAAGCUGUCGCACUCGGACGAGAAGCCCUACCAGUGCCCGGUGUGCCAGCAGCGCUUCAAGCGCAAGGACCGCAUGAGCUACCACGUGCGCUCACAUGACGGCGCUGUGCACAAGCCCUACAACUGCUCCCACUGUGGCAAGAGCUUCUCCCGGCCGGAUCACCUCAACAGUCACGUCAGACAAGUGCACUCAACAGAACGGCCCUUCAAAUGUGAGAAAUGUGAGGCAGCUUUUGCUACGAAGGAUCGGCUGCGGGCCCACACAGUACGACACGAGGAGAAGGUGCCAUGUCAUGUGUGUGGCAAGAUGUUGAGCUCGGCUUAUAUUUCGGACCACAUGAAGGUGCACAGCCAGGGUCCUCACCAUGUCUGUGAGCUCUGCAACAAAGGUACAGGUGAGGUCUGUCCAAUGGCAGCGGCGGCGGCGGCGGCGGCAGUGGCAGCCCCUCCCACAGCUGUGGGCUCCCUCUCGGGGGCCGAGGGGGUGCCUGUGAGCUCUCAGCCACUUCCCUCCCAGCCCUGGUGAGCUCCAAGUUGGUGGGGGGGAGAGGGGAGAAUGGAGGAAAGUCCCUUGGUACCAUCUCCUCUUCCCCUCUCUCUUCCCACCAAUUCCUCACUAUUUCCCCCAUCAACCAAGGAGCCUCCAGAAGAAAAGGAGGAAGAAGUGUUUUCUUAGGGGAAUUCGCUAGGUUUUAAUGAUUUGUUUCUCCUGCUCCUCUCUUCUCCCUAUCAGACCUGACCCCACACACACCUGUCCCCUCGGUUGUGUUGAGGCCCCCUGGACAGUGGGCAGGGGUGGCAGAGGACAGGAGUGGCCACUGCCCUCACCCCCUCUCCUCUCUGUAACCCCCUGCCCUGCCCUUCCAGGGAUUUGUGAGCCUUUCCCUCGAUGGUCCUUCUUGCUCUCCUCCUUUAAGUGUCCCCCUACUGUCUGCUGCCCCUCCCUGGGGAGUUGGUGCUUUUUUUUUUUUUUCCAGGGGGAGGGAGGAGAGGAAGGAGGGAAAUCAAAGAUUCUGUCCCAGAGAGGGGGAAAGGUGAGAUUUGAGGAGGGGCAGAAACAGGGAAGACAGAGCUUGUACCUUCAUAAGGUGGGGUGGUUUGGGGUCAGGCCCUAAAUAUCAUCCUGCUCGAGAAUCUGUCAGGGGAAAACAAGUCAAGGGGAGCAAAAGAAGGAGCCACUAGGGCCAGAGGCAGGACAAGAGAUGGAAUCUUAGGGGGCCAGGGUAAAUGGGGGGGAUCCAGGGACUAGAGGUGCUUCCUGGGGGUGGGGGGAAUGCAGCCACAGUGUCUCCCCCUUCCCUCUUCCACCCCAGCUCCAUCCCUGGCCUUUUCUUUUCAUCCUUCCCCCCGCGACAGAAGCUGUGGCCCUGGCCAUGUCAUCGUGUUCCUGUGUCCCCUGCAUGUUCCCCACCCUUCACCUCCUCCUUUUGCGCGGACCCCAUUACAAUAAAUUUUAAAUAAAAACCUG